UCAGCCCAUCCACCAAUCACGUACCGGUGUGCUGUGACGUCAUCGCGGAAGUAGCUAGCAAGACUACACCUGCUGUUGAAAACGACUCACUCAGGUAAACAGGUGCGAUGGCGGGGUCCUGGCUGUAGGGGGCGAGCAUGAUGCACAUCCUGGUGGCCAAGCUGCUGGGUCUGCUGGCGCUGUUGGCGCUCAUGCUGGCCGGCGUGCUGGUGCCGGCGCGCCUCCUGGCGGCCGACCGCCGCAAAGCGCAAAGUUACCGCCGCGCCGUCUCGCUCUGCAACGCCUUCUCGGGGGGCGUGUUCUUGGCCACCUGCUUCAACGCGCUGCUGCCGGCGGUCAGAGCCAAGGCGAACGACGUGCUGCAGCGGCUGAAGGUGGGCGGCGACUAUCCGGCGGCGGAGACGAUGAUGAUGGUGGGCUUCUUCGUCAGCGUCUUGGUGGAGCAGAGCGUGCUGACCUUCAGGAAGGAGACGCCGUCCUUCAUCGACCUGGAGACUUUCAACCGGGGCAGCUCGGAGGCGGGCAGCGACUCGGAGUGCGACGCGCCCUUCCUCUCCGAGGGACGCCGUCACGGCCACCGCCACGGACACCUGAGCCCCACGCAGCUGGCGGGGGCGGGGCCCGUGCGCCUCGCCAGUCUGGUCCUGGCUCUGUCCGCCCACUCGGUCUUCGAGGGCGUGGCGCUGGGCCUGCAAGAGGACGCCGCUAAGUUCGGCCGCCUCCUGCUGGGCGUGGCCGUGCACGAGACGCUGGCCGCCGCCGCGCUGGGCGUGAGCGCGGCCAAGGCGGCCCUCGGCAUGAAGGACGCCGCCAAGAUGGCCGUGGCCGUCAGCCUGAUGAUCCCGCUGGGCGCCGCCGUGGGCGUGGCCAUCGACUCUGCUCAGACACUAGCGGGGGGCGUGGUCUCUGUGGUGCUGCAGGGGCUCGCCGCCGGAACUUUCCUCUUCGUCACCUUUUUCGAGAUCCUGGCGCCAGAACUGGAGCACCAGGCAGACCGCCUCCUCAAAGUCCUCUUCCUGGUCCUCGGAUACGCCGCACUCGCCGCCCUCUCCUUCAUCCGAUGGUGACCCCCCCUGACCUUGCAGGUCAGAGUGCGCUUGGCACUAGACCUGGACAGGUAGAUCUAAGAUGAUAGACUACAAUGACACAGGGAUCUAGAACGGGCAGAGCUACUAGUAGAUCUGGAAUGACUAGAACAUGUAAAUCUGGAACAAACCCAACUAGUACAACAGAUCUGGAAUGACUUGAACAUGUGAAUCUGGAACAAACUCAACUAGAACCACACAUUUGGAAUGACUAGAACAUGUGAAUCUGCAACAAACUCAACUAGAACCACACAUUUGGAAUGACUAGAGUCAUGUGAAUCUGCAACAAACCCAACUAGCACCACAGAUCAGAAAUGACUCAAACAUGUGAGUCUGGAACAAACUCAACUCGAAACACAAAUCUGGAAUGACUAGAACAUAAGAAUCUGGAACAAACCCAACUAGAACCACAAAUUUGGAAUGACUAGAACAUGUGAAUCUGCAACAAACCCAACUAGCACCACAGAUCAGAAAUGACUCAAACAUGUGAGUCUGGAACAAACUCAACUCGAAACACAAAUCUGGAAUGACUAGAACAUAAGAAUCUGGAACAAACCCAACUAGAACCACAAAUUUGGAAUGACUAGAACAUGGGAAUCUGGAACCAACUCAACUAGAACCACAGAUCUGGAAUGACUAGAACAUGUGAAUCUGGAACAAACCUAACCAGAACCUCACAUCUGGAAUGACUAGAACAUGGGAAUCUGGAAGAAACCCAACUAGCACCACAAAUCUGGAAUGACUCAAACAUGUGAAUCUGGAACAAACUCAACUCAAACCACAAAUCUGGAAUGACUAGAACAUAAUAAUCUGGAAAAAAAACAAUCUAGAACCACAAAUUUGGAAUGACUAGAACAUGGGACUCUGGAACAAACUCAACUCGAACCACAAAUCUGGAAUGACUAGAACAUGUGAAUCUGGAACAAACCCAACUAGAACCACAGAUCUGGAAUGACUAAAACAUGGGAAUCUGGAACAAACCCAACUAGAACCAAAACUCUGGAAUGACUAGAACAUGUGAAUCUGGAACAAACCCAACUAGACCCACAAAUCUGGAAUGACUAGAACAUGGGACUCUGGAACAAACUCAACUCAAACCACAAAUCUGGAAUGACUAGAACAUGGGAUUCUGGAACAAACCCAACUAGAACCACAGAUCUGGAAUGACUACAACAUGUGAAUCUGGAACAAACCCAACUAGAACCACAAAUCUGGAAUGACUAGAACAUGGGAAUCUGGAACAAACCCAACUAGCACCACAAAUCUGGGAUGACUAGAACAUGGGAACCUGGAACAAACCCAACUAGAACCACAGAUCUGGAAUGACUAGAACAUGGGAAUCUGGAACAAACCCAACUAGAACCACAGAUCUGGAAUGACUAGAACAUGCGAAUCUGGAACAAACCCAACUAGAACCACAAAUCUGGAAUGACUAGAACAUGGGAAUCUGGAACAAACCCAACUAGCACCACAAAUCUGGGAUGAAUAGAACAUGUGAAUCUGGAACAAACCCAACUACUACCACAGAUCUGGAAUGACUACAACAUGGGAAUCUGGAACAAACUCAACUAGAACCACAAAUUUGGAAUGACUAGAACAUGUGAAUCUGGAACAAACCCAACUAGAACCACAGACCUGGAAUGACCAGAACAUGGGAAUCUGGAACAAACCCAACUAGAACCACAAAUUUGGAAUGACUACAACAUGUGAAUCUGGAACAAACUCAAAUAGAACCACAGAUCUGGAAUAACUAAAACAUGUGAAUCUGGAACAAACCCAACUAGAACCACAUAUUGGGAAUGACUAGAACAUGGGAAUCUGGAACAAACGCAACUAGAACCACAGAUCUGGAAUGACUAGAACAUAAGAAUCUGGAACAAACCCAACUAGAUCCACAAACCAGGAAUGACAAGAACAUGGGAAUCUGGAACAAACUCAACUCAAACCACAAAUCUGGAAUGACUAUAACAUGUGAAUCUGGAACAAACCCAACUAGAACCACAAAUCUGGAAUGACUAGAACAUGGGAAUCUGGAACAAACCCAACUAGUACCACAGAUCUGGAAUGACUCAAACACGUCAAUCUGGAACAAACUCAACUCAAACCACAAAUCUGGAAUGACUAGAACAUAAGAAUCUGGAAAAAACCCCAACUAGAACCACAAAUUUGGAAUGACUAGAACAUGGGAAUCUGGAACAAACUCAACUCGAACCACAAAUCUGGAAUGACUAGAACAUGUGAAUCUGGAACAAACCCAACUAGAACCACAACUCUGGAAUGACUAGAACAUGGGAAUCUGGAACAAACCCAACUAGUACCACAGAUCUGGAAUGACUCAAACACGUCAAUCUGGAACAAACUCAACUCAAACCACAAAUCUGGAAUGACUAGAACAUAAGAAUCUGGAAAAAACCCCAACUAGAACCACAAAUUUGGAAUGACUAGAACAUGGGAAUCUGGAACAAACUCAACUCGAACCACAAAUCUGGAAUGACUAGAACAUGGGAAUCUGGAACAAACCCAACUAGAACCACAACUCUGGAAUGACUAGAACAUGUGAAUCUGGAACAAACCCAACUAGACCCACAGAUCUGGAAUGACUAGAACAUGGGAAUCUGGAACAAACCCAACUAGAACCACAACUCUGGAAUGACUAAAAUAUGUGAAUCUGGAACAAACUCAACCAGAACCACAAAUCUGGAAUGACUAGAACAUGUGAAUCUGGAACAAACCCAACUAGACCCACAAAUCUGGAAUGACUAGAACAUGGGACUCUGGAACAAAGUCAACUCAAACUACAAAUCUGGAAUGACUAGAACAUGGGAUUCUGGAACAAACCCAACUAGAACCACAGAUCUGGAAUGACUAGAACAUGUGAAUCUGGAACAAACCCAACUAGAACCACAAACCUGGAAUGACUAGAACAUGGGAAUCUGGAACAAACCCAACUAGCACCACAAAUCUGGGAUAACUAGAACAUAUGAACCUGGAACAAACCCAACUAGAACCACAGAUCUGGAAUGACUAGAACAUGGGAAUCUGGAACAAACCCAACUAGAACCACAGAUCUGGAAUGACCAGUACAUGGGAAUCUGGAACAAACCCAACUAGAACCACAAAUUUGGAAUGACUAGAAAAUGGGAAUCUGGAACAAACCCAACUAGAACCACAAACCUGGAAUGACUAGAACAUGGGAAUCUGGAACAAACCCAACUAGCACCACAAAUCUGGGAUGACUAGAACAUAUGAACCUGGAACAAACCCAACUAGAACCACAGAUCUGGAAUGACUAGAACAUGGGAAUCUGGAACAAACCCAACUAGAACCACAGAUCUGGAAUGACCAGUACAUGGGAAUCUGGAACAAACCCAACUAGAACCACAAAUUUGGAAUGACUAGAACAUGUGAAUCUGGAACAAACUCAAAUAGAACCACAGAUCUGGAAUGACUAGAACAUGUGAAUCUGGAACAAACCCAACUAGAACAUGUACAUCUGGAACAAACCCAACUAGAACCACAAACCUGGAAUGACUAGAACAUGGGAACCUGGAACAAACUCAACUCGAACCACAAAUCUGGAAUGACUAUAACAUGGGAAUCUGCAAAAAACCCAACUAGAAUCACAAAUCUGGAAUGACUAGAAAAUGGGAAUCUGGAACAAACCCAACUAGUACCACAGACCUGGAAUGACUCAAACGUGAUUCUGGAACAAACCCAACUAAAACCACAAAUUUGGAAUGACUAGAACAUGUGAAUCUGGAACAAACCCAACUACAACCACAGAUCUGGAAUGAACUCUUUUUACAGGAAGCUCUAUUGGAUAGUACAGGUGACCCUGGAAAGGACUACACUAGAAUGACACGAAGAUCUAGACCUGUUUGAACUGUAUUUAAGGGAAAGGAUAGAACUGUAUUUAAAGGAAAAACUAGAACGGAUAGAACUAUAAUUACUGUUAUAUCUAGAAGGGAUAGAACUAUAAUUACAGGUAGAUGUAGGAGGGAUAGUACUAUAUUUAUAGAAAUACCUGGAACGUAUAGUACUGUAUUUAGAGGAAGUCUAGAACAGCACUAAUUUCAGGAAAACCUAGAACGGAUGGAAAUAUUGGAACUAUAAUUACAGGUAGAUGUGGGAGGGAUAGGCUAUAACUACAGGUAGCUCUAGAACGGAUAGUACUAUGAUUAUAGUAAGAUCUAGAACAGGUGGAACUGUAAUUACAGGUAGGUCUAGGUGGGCUAGACCUAUAAUUAUAGAAAGAACUAUAACGGAUAGGACUGUAUUUAGAGGAAGUGCUAGAACAGAUAGAACUAUAAUUAUAGGAAGAUCUAGAACGGAAAUAACUACAAUUACAGGUAGUUCUAAGAGGGAUGGACUAUAAUUAUAGGUAGCUCUAGAAGGGGAUAGAACUAUAAUUACAGCUAAAUAUAUAAGAGGGAUAGAAAUAUAGUUAUAGGAAGAUCUAGAAAGGAUAGAACUGUAUUUAGAGGAAGUCUAGUACCGAUAGUACUAGUUUCAGGAAGGCCUAGAUCGGAUGUAACUAAAAUUACAGGUAGAGCUAGAUAGCUUAGAACUAUAAUUACAGGUAGAUGUGGGAGGGAUGGACCUAUAACUGCAGGUAGUUCUAGAAGGGAUAGCACUAUAAUUGUAGGAAUAUCUAGUACAGGUAGGAUUGUAAUUACAGGUAGAUAUAGUAGGGAUAGACCUAUAAUUAUAAAAAGAUUUAUAACGGAUAGGACUGUAUUUAGAGGAAGUGCUAGAAAAGUUAAACUAUAAUUAUAGAAAGGUCUAGAACGGACAGAACUAUACUUACAGGUAGAUCUAGGAGGGAUAGACUUUAAUUACUGGUAGAUCAAGAAAGGAUAGAACUGUAUUUAAAGGAAGAUCUACAACGUAUAGACUAUAAUUUUAGGAAGACCUAGAACGAAUGGAACUAUAAAUCCAGGUAGUUAUAGGAGGGACAGAACUAUAAUUACAGGUAGAUCUAGAAGGGAUAUAACUAUUAUUACAGGUAGAUUUAGGAGGGAUAGCCUCUGUAAUUACAGGUAGAGCUAGGAAGGAUAGACUAUAAUUAUAGAACAAUCUAGACAGGUAGAACUGUAAUUACAGGUAGAUCUAGGAGGGAUAGACUAUAAUUAUAGAAAGAACCACAACAGGUAGAAAUGUAAUUACGGGUAGAUAUAGGAGGGAUAGAUUAUAAUUAUAGAAAGAUCUAAAACAGGUAGAACUGUAAUUACAUGUAGAUCUUGGAGGGGUAGUCCUAUAAUAUAGGGAGAUCUAUAACGGAUAGGACUGUAUUUAGAGGAAGUGCUAGAACAGAUAAAUUCUAUAAUUAUAGAAAGAUCUAGAACGGACAGAACUAUACUUCCAGGUAGAUCUAGGAGGUAUAACCUAUAAUUACAGGUAGAUCUAGGAGGGAUAGAACUUUAAUCAUAGGAAGAACUAGAAAUGAUAGAACUAUAGUUCCAGGUAAAACUAGAAGUGAUAGUACUAUAAUUAAAGGUAGAUCCAGAAAUAAUUGAGCUAUAAUUCCAGGUAGAUCUAGAAAUGAUUGUACUGUAAUUACAGGAAGAUCUAGAACAGGUGUACCUGGAAAGUACAAAACUAAAAUGGCUAGAACAAUAGUUACAGGUAAAACUAGAAGUGAUAGUACGAUAAUUAACAUUAGAUCCAGAAUUGAUUGAACUAUAAUUGUAGGUAGAUCUAGAAAUGAUAGUAAUAUAAUUACAGGUAGAUCUAGAAGUGAUAGUACUAUAAUUCCAGUUAGAUCCAGAAAUGACAGUACUGUAAUUACAGGAAGAUCUAGAACAGGUGUACCUGGAAAGUACAAAACUGAAAUGGCAAGUAGAACUGCAAAAAACAGGACUUGAAUGAAGCAGGUACAUCUGCAAUGGAUAAACGAUAGAUCUAGGACGGAUGGAAGCAGGAUUACAGGUCGUUCUAGAAUGGCUAAAACUAGAAUUACAAGUAGAACUAGAACGGACAGAACUAGAAUUGGAAAUGUGUGACGGAUAGAACUACAUGACAGGUCUAGAAAUGAUUGAACGAGAUUAGAUAGAUCUACUAGAAUCAGGUAGAUCUACAAACUAUGUAGACACUUUCAGACUAAAUCAAUGUUUUGUACGUCGUUAUUUACUUGACUUGAUACGGAUUUUUAUCUUGUGCUUGUGUUCUUGAUCCGAUUUCGUAUAUAAUCAUCAUAUUUGAUAUAUGACAUGUUUCAUGUAUCGAUGUUAAUCAAAUGUAUCAUAUUUGAUAUAUAAAUGAUAAACAUGAAAAACUAAAA